CGUAGGUGUCCAGCCCAGGGCAUGUUUGGGAAAAUGCUCUGCAGAGGGGGGACAAGGGGGUCACCGGUGGCCCAGAGCUGACAGCUGACCCCUCCCACACUCAGGGGCCUGUGACAGCCACCUCAGCCCCUGAAGCCAUGGCUGGCGGGGAAGAUGAGCUGAGAAACUGUGUGGUGUGCGGGGACCGAGCCACAGGCUACCACUUCCAUGCCCUGACUUGUGAGGGCUGCAAGGGUUUCUUCAGACGAACAGCUGUCAAAAGCUCUGGUCUCGCCUGUCGCUUUGCUGGAAGCUGUAAGAUCAGCAAGGCCCAGAGGCGUCACUGCCCAGCUUGCAGGUUGCAGAAGUGUCUUGACGCCGGCAUGAAGAAGGACAUGAUCUUGUCUGCAGAAGCCCUGGCACUGCGGCGAGCAAAGCAGGCCCAGCGACGGGCACAGCGAGCACCCCCCGGGCUGAGCAAGGAGCAGAAGGAGCUGGUCCAGACACUCCUAGAGGCCCACGCCCGUCACAUGAGCACCAUGUUUGGCCAGUUCGUGUGCUUCAGGCCUCUGCCUCACCUGUUCACCCACCACCAGCACCUGCCCGACUCGCUGCCCAUGCUGCCUUUCCUGAUGCACUACGCGGACGUGAACACGUUCAUGGUACAGCAGAUCAUCAAGUUCACCAAGGACCUGCCCUUCUUCCGGUCCCUGCUCAUUGAGGACCAGAUCUCCCUUCUCAAGGGGGCAGCUGUAGAAAUCUGUCACAUCGCACUCAAUACCACGUUCUGUCUCCGAACACGAAACUUCUUCUGUGGGCCUCUUCGCUACACAGAAGAAGACGGAGCCCUAGUGGGGUUCCAGAAAGAGUUCUUAGAGCUGCUCUUCCGCUUCCACGGGACCCUGAGGCGGCUGCAGCUCCAGGAGCCCGAGUACGUGCUCAUGGCGGCCAUGGCCCUCUUCUCGCCCGACCGGCCCGGCGUGACCCAGAGGGACAAGAUUGACCAGCUGCAAGAGGAGGUGGCGCUGACUCUACACAGCCACAUCAGAAGCCAGCAGCCGAGGCCGCGGGACCGGUUUCUGUAUGCGAAGCUGCUGGGCCUGCUGGCUGAGCUCCGGAGCCUGAAUGACGCCUACGGACAACAAAUCCAGCACAUCCAGGAGCUGUCCGCCAUGAUGCCCCUGCUGCAGGAGAUCUGCAGCUGA